AUGAGCGACCAGACGACCGGCCACCGCCGCCAAACCUCGCCGCUGGACGACGACGACCUCCUCGGUGAGAUCCUCGCCCGCGUGCCCCUGCAGCCCUCCUCGCUCCUCCGCAUCUCCAUCGUGUGCAAGCGCUGGCAGCGCCUCGUCUCCGGCGAAUGGUUCCGCCACCGCUUAUGCGCGCACCACCGGAAGGCGCCGCUCCUCGGCUACUUCCACCUCAGCACGAUCUUCAACGAUGUCGUGUUCAACCCGAUCAUGGAACCCCCGGACCGCAUCCAUCCCCGGCGCUUCUUGCCGGGACGCGCCCUCCCCGCCGCCGGGCAGGACAUCGAGCUGCUUGGCUGCCGCCACGGACGCGUCGUCUUCACCAACAUUUCAGCUAUCACCGUCUUCGUCUGCGAUCCUGUCACCGGAGGCUAUGCCCGGUUGGCCGUCCCGCCGGAGUUUCCCAAAUUGUUCAUCAACGGGACGGUGCUCUGCGCGGCUGGCGAGCAGGGCCACGUGCACGGCGCCUGCCACUCGAGCCCCUUCAAGGUGGUCAUGGUGUCCAUGUUCACAGAAGACCGUCGUCCGAUGGCCUGUGUCUACUCAUCGGACUGGCCUGUGGGGAAAUAUCAUCCGGCAUGA